AUGGCAGCAUCAGUUUUCCGCAGGGCACAAGAUGAAUUUAUCAAGCAUCUAAGUCAGGAAGAGGAAAAAGACUUCAAGGCAACCGACCUAGGGACCUUGCAGCAGGUCAUCCUGAAGCUCCAAAAAGAUCAACAAGAGAAGCGAGGCAUGAAAUACAUGAACCGGCUCGAUCCUUUCCUAAAGAGCAUGGAGAAGUAUGGCCAAGUCGUUGAUACCUUUCUCAAUAUCUCCAACAUGGUCGCAUUCAUCUGGGGACCAAUGAAGUUCAUUCUUCUAACGGCCAAUAUGUAUACAGAUGCCUUCAACGCGGUGCUGGAUGCGUACCAAGAUAUUGGUGAACAGAUUCCUCUUCUCAGAGACUUUGAAAUCUUCGCGUCAAACAACCAUAUGAUGGAAGCCCUUGGUCUAAUUUACACGGACAUACUCGAAUUUCAUCGCGAAGCCUUGCGCUUUUUCAGAAAAUCAUUUUGGAUGAAGGUGUUCGCAGCUACUUGGAGAGGCUUCGAAAAGAAGGUGAAACAUUUUGCAGGAAACAUGAGCAGGCACAGACAGUUGAUCGAAAGCCGGGCAAGCAUCAUGGAAUUCCAAGAAAUUCGUGCUAUUCAGCAAAAGGCUAACGAUCAACUGGCCUUGAUGCAGAAGGCUCAGGAUGAAGCCUAUCGAGCCAGCGCGAAGAGCUGGCUUUCUGGAUUCAGCAACGAGGGGCAGCAGGACUUUCACCGCCAGAAACGGAGCCUUUGCCCGGGUUCUGGUCGCUGGUUGUUUGGCAAUCCAUGUUUUCAACGCUGGCUUGACAUCAACUACUGCGAUACGCCCUUGAUAUGGUUGACAGGCAUCCCAGGGGCUGGUAGGUCUUUCUGCUCGAGGACUGAGGAUAUCUAA